UACUUACUUACUUGUAGGAUUUUAGCAAUGGCUUCGUUUUGUUCUAGCUUUAUAAUGAGUUUUGCCCUUUUGGCCCUCGUGUCGGGGAGUGCCAAUGCAUCACUUUACACAAACUUCUACUCCAGUUCUUGCCCAAAACUCUUUGACACUGUGAAAUGCACAGUGGAAUCGGCCAUAUCCAAGGAGGCUCGCAUGGGUGCUUCUCUCCUACGUUUGUUCUUCCACGAUUGCUUUGUUAAUGGGUGUGAUGGUUCGAUUCUACUUGAUGACACGUCAAGAUUCACAGGAGAGAAGAACGCAGGUCCUAACAAGAACUCUGCAAGAGGAUUUGAAGUGAUAGACAAAAUCAAGUCAGCUGUGGAAGAGGUGUGCCCCGGUGUCGUCUCCUGCGCAGACAUCCUUGCCAUUGCUGCCAGAGACUCAGUUGCCAUCCUUGGAGGCCCAAUAUGGGAUGUGAAACUUGGAAGAAGAGACGCCAGAACAGCAAGCCAAUCUGCUGCCAACAACGACAUCCCCGGACCCACUUCGAGCCUCAACCAACUCAUCUCAAGAUUCAACGCUCUCGGACUUUCCACCAAGGACUUGGUCUCGCUAUCUGGGGGUCACACAAUUGGACAGGCAAGGUGCACAACCUUUAGAGGUCACAUCUACAAUGACAGUAACAUAGAUAGCUACUUUGCCCGCAUGAGACAAUCUAGUUGCCCUAGAACCUCGGGGUCCGGGGACAACAACCUAGCACCCCUUGACCUUGCCACUCCCACGUUCUUCGACAAUCACUACUUCAAGAACCUCAUUCAGAAGAAGGGCUCCUCCAUUCUGACCAACAACUAUUCAAUGGCGGUUCCACUGACUCCAUUGUUCGUACCUACAGCACCAACCCCACCUCAUUUUUCGCUGAUUUUUCCGCAGCCAUGAUCAAGAUGGGAAACAUUAGCCCCCUCACUGGCUCCCACGGAGAAAUAAGGAAGAACUGCAGAAGGGUCAACUAAUUAAAUUGUUAAGAUUCCUAAACAUAAAUAUAUUAUGGAUAUACACAUAAAUGUGUGUGUUAAAGUUGUUAAAUGUGUUUUGAUGUUUUUAAUGCUUUGUGCUACCAAGUGUACCUGCAUUGCCUAUUUUGUUAAUUUUGCUUCUAAGUGAUGAUGUUGAAGUUUAAGGCCUUUGAUGUACGUAUAAGUUCGUUUGCGACUUUCCUUUUAUAAUUUUAAUCAAUUAUUAUUCCAAUCCGA